UCUAGAUUAGCACCAAGAACUGAUUCUUCCACCCAAGUUGAUAUCAGCGUCCCACUGAAGGAGAGGACUGACCACAGCUACCUGCUGAACACAGUAAGUCUAUUUCCCAGGCAGAGAGGGGACACAACGGACUGAGUGGAAGACCAGAAGUCUUAAGCUCCCUAGUGUCUAAAGAGUCAAUCAAAGCAGAUCACAGCAGAACUCAUGGAUUGGAAGUUUCUCCAGGGUCUUCUCAGUGGAGUCAACAAGUACUCCACUGCCUUCGGACGGAUCUGGCUGUCGGUGGUCUUCGUCUUCAGGGUGUUGGUCUACGUGGUGGCCGCUGAGCGGGUCUGGAGUGACGACCAGGGACAUUUCGAUUGCAACACUCGUCAGCCUGGAUGCACCAAUAUCUGCUAUGAUUACUUCUUCCCCAUCUCCCACAUUCGCCUCUGGGCCCUUCAGCUCAUCUUCGUCACUUGCCCUUCCUUCAUGGUGGUGUUGCACGUGGCCUACCGGGAAGAGCGGGAACGCAAGUACCGAGCCAAGCACGGAGAGGACACUCGGCUUUACGACAACCCGGGCCAGAAGCAUGGCGGUCUGUGGUGGACCUACCUGAUGAGCCUCUUCAUCAAAACUGGCUUCGAGAUCACUUUCCUCUACUUGCUCCACUACAUCUACGACAGCUUCAAGCUGCCCAGGAAGGUCCAGUGUGACAUCAGUCCCUGUCCAAAUCUAGUGGACUGCUACAUAUCCCGGCCCACAGAGAAGACCAUUUUCACCUACUUUAUGGUGGGGGCGUCCGUCAUGUGUGUGGUGCUCAACAUUUGUGAGAUUUUCUAUCUGAUUGCUUUGCGGAUAGUAAAUCUCAGGCACAGAGGCAGCGUCCACACCUCAUCUAGAAAGAUCUACCCUGGUACGGACUGUGAUGACAGCAAGUCCUCUCUGAAAGGAUAGGUAGAGACCCAGUAGAAGGAUCCAAGACGUCUUCUUAUGCCUUUAAUUGUUAAAUUUUCUUUAUUAUAGGAGACAUUCACUUUUUCUUUCAAAUCUUUAAAUUCACAUCUUUAUGCACACCGAAAGGCCACUGUAAUUGUUAAACCUGAGAUCCCUAGCUAACACUAUUCAAAUAAGGCAACCUCUUGAACUGUCAAACUUAGAGAGCUGAAACGUAAUAUGAGCGUUGAAUGAAUUUUAAAAUAGGGGUCGACUGAUACUUUUGUUUUUCAGGACCAAUGCAGAAAAUAAUUAUUAAUAACCAGGAGACUGAUAACCAACAUUUGGAACGGAUAUACAUUUACAGUAAAAAUUAAAAUCUUGGUUACAAAUUUAGAACCCUAAAAUUACAACCAAAAACUUUGUUAAAAUAUCUCUUUCAAUAAAAGAGAACUUUCCAACAUUAUUCCUUUAGUGUUUUUCAGGCUGUUGCUUGUUGUGUGCAACCAGUAAGAUAAUGCUGUGAGUGAGCCAUUGCUCAAGACAACAGAAGGAUCAUAGAGAGAGAUGAUUUCAUCAGAGCCAAAGCAGCACGUUUCUAAAAAUAUUUUACUUUUUAUUGGUAAUCCGAAAUAACAUUACUGAUAUUUGGAAAAAUGCAGAAUAUUGUAUCCAGUAACUGGCCAAGCCAAUAAUCAGUCGAUCCUUCCUUUAAAGUACCUUCACUACACAUUGCAAAGACUGCAGAUUUUGUCUCCCAUCUGUUUACAAUAGGAAGGGAUCUCCUUAUAGCCAAAACUGUGUAAAUAAUCCUGUGUGAGUAUUUACAACCUUGAAAAAAAGGUGACCGUAUCCUGUAAGGGUAUUCAAAUUUGCGAUGUAAUUUUAGAAUAAUAUGAUAUAAAUGUUCUUUGAACUAUGGUGGUAUUAGAAUUAUUUUCCAUGUAUGAUAAAACAUUUUUGUACAUGAAGACAGUUCACUGAUAUAAUAUGUGAUCAUCAGAUGAAGAAGUCAGUUUUGUAACAAUUGUCAGUAUAAUGAGAUACACUGACUUAUCAUUAAUAUAUUUGUAUUCCCUAAGAUUUUUCUUGGUAUAAUAAAACCUGAGAAAAUUAACAUGA